AUGUCGACUCCAACCAUGGUUUCCGACGUUUCCAUUGCCGAAACCCUUGCCACGGCCGGGCUCCAAGGCCAAGUCCUUCUCCCGGGCGACGCGGAGUACGUCGCCCGCCAGGACAGCUACUGGUCCAACAGCGUCAAGGGGCUCCAGCCGGCCGCCAUCGUGCAGCCCAGGUCAGCCCAGGAGGUCUCGGCAACCCUUCGGGCCCUCGUGGCCACCAAGACCAAGUUCGCCAUUCGCAGCGGCGGACACACGCAGUUCGCGGGGGCCAACAACAUUGGCGCCGACGGUGUGACCAUUGACUUAGGCAAGCUGAAUUGGACGCGCUUCCACGCCGACCCCGGUGCCGAGAAGGCGGUCGACAUCGGACCCGGAGCGCGCUGGCGCGACGUGUACACGGCACUUCAGGGCCUCGAGGGUGGCAGGUAUGUGGUCGCGGGGGGGCGGGACGGCAACGUCGGGGUGGCGGGCCUGCUGCUCGGGGGCGGCAAGACGUACUUUACGGCCAAGCGCGGGUUUGCUUGCGACGAUGUGGUGGCGUAUGAGGUGGUGCUGGCCGAUGGGCGCAUCGUGACGGCCGAGGCCGGGACCGAGACGGAGGAUCUGUUCCGGGCGCUCAAGGGCGGGUCAAACAACUUUGGCAUCGUGACCAACUUUCGCAUGAAGGCGUUCGAGCUGGGCGACAUCUGGGGCGGCUUGACCUUCUACCCAAAGACGGCUAUGGAUGGGGCGACGAGGGCGCUGGUGGCCUUCACGGAUAGGGUGCAAGAGGAUGUCGAGAGCAAUCUGUUGUGCUUUUAUACGUAUAUGGGUUGCCGCGUCCUUACCCUCUCGUGGCAGCCCGAGUUCAAAGACGUGGUCAUCGCCGCCGCCUUUGUCCAGGUCGCGGGUGUCGAAAAUGCUCCCGCAUAUAACGAUUGGCAGCAGCUACCUUCGAUCAUGACGACAUGUAAGAAGACUACCCUGCUGGGAAUUGCUGUCGAGUACAGCGUCGCGCCGCAAGGCUUCUACGACACUUUUGCCACUGCAUGUUUCAAGAACGAUGAACGCAUCGUCAGCAAGGCCGCCGAGCUCCACGACCAGCUCGUCCAAGAACUCAAGGCGUUUAUCCCGGACGGUAACUUCAUCACGCAAUGCCUGUUCCAACCCUUGCCGCGGGUCAUCGCCCAGCGGUCGGCCGCGGCUGGCGGCAACAUGCUUGGGGUCGAAAAGCAGACUGCUAACGGCCUGCUUCUUGUGGCUGUGGGCAUGGUGCGGACUGCUGAGCAGGAGGCGUUCCUGCAGCCGCGACUGAGGGCGUGGGUGCAGGCCGUCCGGGACUUUGCGGCGACGCUGCAGGUCGGUGACGGCGACGGGAACCUGGACUGGAUCUACCUGAACUAUGCCGAUGCAAGCCAAGAUCCGUUGGCGAGCUACGGCACGGAAAACGUGGAGAAGCUCAGGAGCGUGGCGGCCAAGUACGAUCCGGACCAGGUCUUCCAGAGACUAUGCCCAGGUGGGUUCAAGGUUUCUAAGGCGAAGAGUUGAGGUUGGUAGCGCACACUGGAUCAUCUUAAUGGACGGAAGACAAGUAUUCGUG